AUGGCUGACAAAGUAGCUGUCGUCACUGGCUCGAACAAAGGCAUAGGAUUCGGUAUAGUGAGAGAACUGUGCAAACGUGGCUUGAGGUAUGUUUAUCUGACAGCGAGGGAUGCACAAAGAGGGCAGGAAGCUAUUGCAAAAUUGAAUAAGGAAGGCUAUGAUCCAUUUUUUCAUCAACUCGAUGUAACAGAUGAACAAAGUGUUAAAGCUUUCACAAAAUACUUGAAACGGAAACAUGGAGGCUUGGAUAUCCUUAUCAACAACGCCGGAGUCAUUAAUGCCAAUUUUACUGAAACCACUUAUGAAGAUACCAUACGUGUGCUCAAUGCUAACUACUACAGCAUACUUACAAUACAAACGUACAUGUUUCCAAUUUUGAAAGACAACGCUCGUGUUAUACAUAUAUCCAGUGAUUGUGGUCAUAUAUCUAAUCUAAAAAAUACUUAUUGGAUUGAACGACUAACGAAAGAAGAUAUUAAACAGGAAGAUAUAGAUGCGUUCGUUGAUUGGUUUGUAGAUUCUGUCAGGAAUGGUACACUUAAUGAAGCUGAUUUUCAAGAAAUGCCACUUUUGUCGUACAGAAUUUCAAAAAUUUCUUUAUGUGCUCUAACAAGAGUUCAACAAAAGGAAGCAGGACGUGGUAUAUCAGUAAAUUCCUUACAUCCAGGUUUCGUAAAGACUGAUAUGACAAAGACAGCUGGUUUUAUAACAAUAGAAGACGCUAGCCAAGCUCCCGUUUACUUAGCUCUAGACGUUGAUCAAUCUGUGAAAGGCAGAUACUUCUGGUUUGAUAAAACCGAAAAAGAUUGGGCUGAUGCGAAUAAAAAGUUAUAUUGCGUUUAUGCAGUAGUUGAAAAGUGUGUAAGAGAAUCAAAUGCAGCUUAA